GAAAUUCUUCGUAGCUGUGCAUUUUUUUUGGUUUUUUCUGCAUUCCUGUCCAUUGCAUUUGGCCAAUUGACAACUCAAACAAGUAGAACUACUGUAACCACAAUGCCAGUUGGAACCACAUCCAGCACAGGAAUACAGUCAAGUACCUCUACUCAAACAUCAACUACAACGAGAGGAACGACACCGUUAAAUGCUUCUACUCAGUCAUCGACUACUACGAGAACAACAUCACCGUCCAAUAUCUCUACCCAGACAUCAACUACUACGAGAGCAACUUCAUCGUCAAAUGCUUCUACCCAGGCAUUAACUACUACGGUACCAACUCCAUCGUCAAAUGCCUCUACCCAGGCAUCAACUACUACGGUACCAACUUCAUCGUCAAAUGCCUCUACCCAGGCAUCAACUACUACAAGAUCAAUGACAACAUCAAAUGUCUCUACUCAAGCUUCAGCUAUUACGAAUUCAACGCGACCCUCAAAUGCCUCUACUCAGGCAUCAGCUAUCACAAGUUCAACGCCAUCCUCAAAUGCCUCUACCCAGGCAUCAACUACUACGAGUCCAACUCCACCGUCAAAUGGCCCUACCUCGGCAUCAGCUAUUACAAGUUCAACGCCAUCCUCAAAUGCCUCUACUCAAGCAUCAACUACUACGAGUCCAACUCCACCGUCAAAUGCCUCUACCCAGACAUCAACUACUACGAGACCAAUGCUAACGUCUAAUGUUUCUACUCAAGCUUCACUUAUUACGAAUCCAACGCUAUCCUCAAGCGCCUCUGCUCAGGGAGCAGCUAUUACGGAUUCCACGCCAUCCACAAUUGCCUCUACUCAGGCAGCAGCUAUUACGGAAGCAGCACAAAACAUGGAAACCAAAAUUACGACCCUGGAAACCACUAUAGAUGCCGCGUUAGGCGAAUUGUCCACCCAACCAGUUACUGUAAACUUGAUGCCAGAUGAUAGCAUAGCGAAAACAGAAAUACUGACAACUCUUCAGGAAUCAACUGUUACGGAAACAACGGCAAGCACGGAAACUAAAGUUACUAUUUUGGAAACAACACCUGAUGCCAGCCCUGUAGCAACAAGCGUUAAUCCGACAACUAGUGCAGAUCUCCCAGGAAUCUCAGACAUACCGGUGAAUGCCUAUACUCAGGCCGCAGCUAUUACGGAAUCAACGACAAACAUGGAAACCAAAAAUAUGAUCACGGAAACAACUAUAGAUGCAGCUACCACAGACGAUUUUGGAAUAAUCGAUGUUACGACAACCAGCGCAGAUCCUAAAGAAAUCUCAGGAUUACCCUCAAGCGCUUAUGCUCAGGCAUUAACAAUGACGGAAGCAACACCAAACAUGGAAAACAAACUUCCUACCACGGAAGCAACACCAAACAUGGAAAACAAACUUUCUACCACGGAAAACACCGAACAUGGAAAACAAACUUCCUACCACAGAAGAAACACCAAACAUGGAAAACAAACGUCCUACCACGGAAGCAACUCCAGAUGACGGGGCUUUAGGAUUAACCAAUAAUCCGACAGCUAAUGCAGGUCUUCCAGGAAGCUCAGGUAGCGAACUAGUAUCACAAGAAGACAUUAAGGUUUUUACCAACACUAUAAAGAAACAACUAGAAGCAGU